AUGAGUAAUGGUAUCCAUGAAAAGAACAAUAAAUAUAUUAAUAAUUAUGAAGAUUUUCGAUUUCGUGAUGCAGCACAAGCUAUCUUUUUCAAAUAUCAAAUGAUGGAUAUAAUUAAACCUUCUGAUGGAACUACUAUUACUACAAAUAUAAAUACUUCUGUACAUGUGAUUCGUGAUCGACAAGAGACAACAGUUAGAUCUCGUGCCUGUAUUAUUUUAUGA